GCUGCUUGGUGACGCGUGGCGUUCCGGAAGUGGGUCGGGUCAAAAGCUGAGUGGUCAGUGGUGGCGGGACUUGGAGGGGGCGGGGUCUGAGCCUACAUUGACCACUUUCCCUGAAGUGACUGGACCCCGGAAGUGGGGUGACAGGCGCCGGAGCCCGUCAGACGGCCGACUGCGGCGUGAGUCUCAGGUACCUUGUCUUCUUCCCGUGGACUGUGUUCAAGGGAUCCAGUAUUCCUGAUUAGAAAACAAAAGCAAAUUUGUCCCACGGAGUCAUAUGCAAACCUGCUAAUAAAAUCUAGUACAACUCACAAGAGGUGGCACUGAAGAACAGCCAGAUAGCACUAGCAGCACCAGCAAUGUUUCAUUUCUUCCGAAAGCCUCCGGAACCUAAAAAGCCCUCUGUUCCAGAGACAGAAGCAGAUGGAUUCGUCCUUUUAGGCAAUACAACAAAUGAGACAAGAGGUAAAAUUUCAGAAGUAGAAGGCAGCCAAUCUUUGGAGACAAACAAAGAAAACUCAUCCAAUGUGACUGUAGCAGGCCCUGGGAUGGAAAAUCAAGCCCGCCAAACUGUGGAAAGCAGUACACUCAUGGCAGAGCUCCUGAGCGAUGUUCCCUUCACCCUGGCCCCACACGUGCUGGCAGUGCAGGGCACCAUCAGCGACCUUCCUGACCACUUACUCUCCUAUGAUGUGAGUGACAACCUGUCACGAUUUUGGUAUGACUUCACCCUUGAGAAUUCAGUACUCUGUGAUUCGUAAUCUUGAUGUCUGGUUGGACCUUACAGUUUAAAAGGAGAGUUUGCCUAUUUUAUUUAACCUGUUUGAUGUUCUUUAUCAUUUCACUCUAAUAGCUCUCAGACAAGCUAUGAUCAUCAGGUAUAUAGAAUAGCAGCAUGUUUAUUGUUUUAUUGUUCACAAUAAAAAAUUGUUGUAUAAACUUG